UCGAACCACUAAUAUUCAGCAGAUAACACGUCCUGGUCCAACACUAACCAAUCCCCUCUGGCCCUCUCUCUCAUUUGUUCUCGAAUUUCAGUCUUUAAAAAUAAUUUUUUUCUUUCAAUCUUAUAAGUUCUUUCCGUAGUUAAUUCCAUCAAAUAUUUAGUUUGAUCCACAUGGGCUCAAACUUGUGCUGCUCUCGCCAUCCAGAUACCUAUGAAAGUACCACGGGCAACAACGGUGACCGUAGCUUGCCAACAGGCGAUGACAAAUUUCUAUCGGACGCAAGCACGUUCUCCGUGAAGGAGCAAGAGAGUCAGCUUAAGGCAGCGAGAUUGGAGGAGCAAAGACUUGGCCGUGAAGCAGAGAAAGUCAACUCAUGGGUCAAACAUGAAUCAGCCAGUAAUCAUGCUUACCGUUACCGUUAUCCAAAUAGUCGUCGUCAAGGUCGUUCAUGAGCUCCCAUGUGUUAAUCACUGAGUCAGG